GCUCAGAAUGCGACCAACAACACAAGCACGAGGUUUAGAGUACACUCCACACACACACACUCUCUCUCUCACACACACACACACACACACACACACACCAGUUAUCCUGCAUAGAUUCUGCUCCAGCUGCUCACCACACACACACACACACACACACACACACACACACACACACACACACACACACCCCAUAAAGGUGCAGAAGGAACUCACCUGGAGGAAAGUUUUUGAAAGCGAUGAAAGCUGCCGAGCUGCAGCUUCUUCUUUUCCUUCAGCAGGUCUGAUCUCCUGCAGGAACAGCACUGGAGUUCUCCACACUGAUCUCACAGAAGAACCUCGUCUGAGGAACAGCUACUGAUCUCAUCUGAGAGGAUCUGUAGCGGAACCUCUACUGGAACACUCCACAGGACCAUUUUUUACGUUAUUGUUAGAGUAAUGUAUUUGUGGAUGGAGAGCUUCAGGAUGAGACUGUUCCUCCUCUUCCACCUUUUAUCCUUUCUCCUCCACAGGGCAGAUUUGAACGCGAUCAUUGGGUUGUCCAAGCACAUCGAGCCCAUCCUCAAUGCCAACACGGUGUGUCUAACCCUCCCAGGCCUGACGAAGAAGCAGAUGGACAUGUGCAUGAGAAACCCAGACGUCACAGCCUCAGCCAUCCAGGGCAUCCAGAUUGCCAUCCACGAGUGCCAGCAUCAGUUCAGGGGGCAUCGCUGGAACUGCUCAAGCCUUGAGACGCGAAACAAGAUUCCUUAUGAGAGCAUCGUCUUCAGCCGAGGAUUCAGGGAGAGUGCGUUUGCAUACGCUAUUGCUGCAGCAGGUGUGUUACAUUCCGUCUCUAAUGCCUGCUCUAUGGGAAAACUGAAGGCAUGCAGCUGUGACGAGAAGCGGCGUGGAAAUGAAGAAGUCUUCCGUCAGAAACUCAACCGACUGCAGCUAGAGGCCAUCCAUCGUGGUAAGGGCAUGGUGCACGGGGUGAUGGAGGAGCGAGGGGGUGUCUUGGAGGACAAUGGGGGAGCCAGAGGGGGUGGAGCCAUGGAGGAGUGGGAGUGGGGGGGGUGCAGUCCCAACGUGGAAUUCGGGGAGAAGUUCUCUAAAGACUUCCUGGACUCGAGAGAGACCUACAGGGACAUCCACGCCCGGAUGAGACUGCACAACAACCGUGUAGGACGACAGGUGGUGUUGGAUCACAUGCGGCGGAAGUGUAAAUGUCAUGGCACAUCAGGAAGCUGCCAGCUGAAGACAUGUUGGCAGGUCACCCCUGAUUUCCGGCUAGUGGGCUCGCUGCUGAAGGAGCGCUUCAACGUAGCUGCACUGAUCAAAACACACAACCGCAACACAGGCCAAGUGGAGCAUGUACCUCAGCAUCAGCACCACCACCACCAUCAUCACAAUCAUCAAAACCACCAUCACCACCAUCCCCCACAGCACCAGCGGCGACGCAACAAUGCCAAUGAGCUCGUCUACUUUGAGAAGUCUCCAGAUUUCUGUGAAAAGGACAUCGGGUCAGACUCAGCAGGGACACAAGGACGCAUCUGCAACAAGACGAGCCAGGGCAUGGACAACUGUGAGAGCCUGUGCUGUGGGCGGGGACACAACAUCCUGCAGCAGACACGACGUGAACGCUGCAACUGCAAGUUUCACUGGUGCUGCUAUGUUGUGUGUGAGGAGUGCAGGAUAAACGAGUGGGUCAGUGUCUGCAAGUGACAUCAGCUAAAACAUGUAUAAACAAGUAAAUAUAUAAAUGUCCGAUGAUGGGGAGAGACAAAAGGGCAGGACAAAGAUGAUGGAUGAGAGAUGUCAGACAUUUUCCCAACGGACUGUGAGCAUUCUGUUCUCUGUAGUGGAAUAGAAAAUAAAGAACCACUUGGUGGAAUGUAAAAACUGGUGUACGCUACAUGUAACUCCACCCCCUGGUGCACACCUGUUCACCCCACAAUGAGUCCACUCUCAGUAGUUCUGCACUGUGUUAUUUCAGAGCAAAAGUAUUUUUCAAUGAAAUAAGUUAAGGUUACUAAUGCAAAAAUAUUGUGAAUGAUCACUAGAGAGCACUCAAAAACAUUGUUAACCUUUAAUGCUUAUCUGUAAAGAUAUCAGCAUAGCCACAAUGGAGAUGAGUGGACCUCUGGUACUUACAGGAUGAGGAAGAGAAAAAUGCAUCCACCAUAUUUAUCCACUAUGCACAGAGCCUUUGGCUUAUUCCUACAUGUUUAUGUUUUAAUGUGUGCCACAAACUUUUUGGUGAUUACUGGAUUUUCCAGACUGUAAAUCAUACCCACAUGGAUUCUGAUACAAACAGGCACAUCAUUUUUCUUCUUUGGGCAUUUUUAUUUUUCAGAAAAUUUGUACCACCCCCUAAUUAAUGUUGCCAUGCUAAUUAACAAUGAUUACCAUGGAAACCAUGAAGUUCAGUUUAUAAGGAGCUUCUCCACAAAGCUAACAGUAAUGUAGUGUAAAUCCUGGAGCAGCACACCUACCAUAAACCCUCCUCAGGUCCUUCAAGGGUUCUUUAGGGGUUCUUUAAAAACUGAAGAAGUCCCUGUGAUGCCAUUUUCUCAAAAGCUAACUGCCCAUCCUAGCCAACAAUCAUAUGAAGCCAGUGUGAAGCAUGUACAUCAUUGUGCUGUUUCAAGCAUAAAUAUUGGCACCCAGCUAAAACGCACAGUUGCAUCAUCCAGGAUUCAAAUGCUGUAGUUUAUUAUUGAUUCUCUACUAUAAACAAUAUGAUGAUACACCUGUACUCAUUACAUAAUCAAUUACCUAGCUGGUCGACAUCAUAGUGGCUUCAUAGCCAUCAUAGAGGAGCUUUAUAAUGAGGGUAACAUGAUGGAAGAAUGAGGCAUGAAUGUGACAGGAACACUUUCUCUUUUAAAAGACUAUGAUGAUCACCGAAUUAUAAUCUUUACUCCAUGGAUGAACCUCAAAUCCUCGGCUCUUUAGUUGCACUGUAAUCUCGUAACGAUGACCUGCAGCACGACAAGCGCAAGUGGGGAAACCUAUCCUAACACCAAGGGGAAUUUUGCUGGCGAAAACAAACACACAGCUCCUCAUGAUUCAUUGGACAAAAGCACUAAGUGUUUGAGUUGAUCCUACAUUUUGUGUCUUGGACAUGAACUGCAUCAUCCUCAGUGGAACUGUUUGCACAUUCAGAGCAGCUCUGUUCUCCACAAAUGACUGACAUGAAAUUUUGUCUCUGCCCAUAAUAUACAUUUCUUUUCUAGGUUUUUUUUUUAUUAUUAUUUAAAAUUGUAUAAUGUUUUAAGUUUAAAUGUAUAAGUUAUUUGUAUUUUGUGGAUAAUUUAA